AAAGAUCCUGAAAUCGCCAGAAGUGAUCUUGUUUAGAUUAAUAUUUAACAAUCAGAAAAUCCAAGAGCAAGAGAAAAGUAUCAUAUGCAAUCAUGAGAUCUGCAAUUGCAUUCGUCCUGGCGAACGCCAUAGCCGCGAAUGCGGCUACUGUAACUUUCAACUGGAACGUUACUUGGGUCUGGGCCAGCCCUGAUGGAUUCGGUCGACCAGUAGUCGGCAUUAAUGGACAAUGGCCACCGCCUCCUAUGAUCGUGAACGUCAAAGACCAGGUCAUUGUUCAAUUGUACAAUGGACUAGGCAACGAAAGUACAUCACUUCAUUUCCAUGGCCAGAACCAAGGAAAGUCGCAGCAGAUGGAAGGCGCUCCUCCAGUUUCUCAGUGCCCUCUCCCACCAGGAAUGUCGAUGACCUACAACUUCACGGCUGGUAACACUGGUACCCAUUGGUACCACGCCCAUUUUGGUGGCCAAUAUAUGGAUGGUUUCCGAGGUCCUUUCAUCGCUCUGGAUACCACAGCACCAUUUGCCAAUGACUACGAUGUUGAUUACACAUUUCAAGUCUCCGACUGGUAUCAUGAACAAGUCCCUUAUAUGCUCAAUUGGUAUCAAACCGUUCCAAAGGCUACAGGCCAGGGAAUGGAGCCUGUCCCUGACUCUACCUUGAUCAACAAUCAGCUGGACCCCAAAUUCCCAAUGGUACCCGGCAAGAGAUACCUGUUUAGAAUCAUCAACACAAGUGGAUUCGCUUCACAUGUUAUCAAGUUUGCUGGACACAACAUGACUAUUGUGGAGAUGGAUGGCGUAGCAACGGUGCCAACAGUCACCAAGAAGAUUAUGAUUGCUGCUGCUCAGCGGUAUUUUGUCAUCGUCACUGCACUGUCUAAUGCUACCAAGAACUAUGGAGUUGUCUCUGCUAUGAUGCCAAAUAUGUUUGGUAACAAUAUCCAGCCCACGGACAUUAACAUGAACGCCACCGCGUACCUUGUUUACAAUACCACUACGCCUUUGCCAGCCCAGCCAUUACUCAAGAGCUACAAAGCGAUCCAUGAGUCUACCAUUCCUACGUUCACAGAAACCCCGAUCCUGGGUCCAGUCACGCAGGUUGUGAACAUCACUUUCGACUUCGCAUUCAUCAACGACCAGACCAGAGGCAGAAUUAAUGGAAAUACAUUCGUUGCGCCUUUGGUUCCAACCAUUUAUACCACCCUAUCUGCCCCAACAAAUUACUCCAUCAACUCUACAAUCUAUGGCCCAUCAACUAACACAGUCGUCUUCAAUAAUCCUGUUGGUGUUGUUGAAAUCAACGUUGUUAGCAACGACAAUCGAGAUCAUCCCUUCCAUAUCCACGGCCACACUGCACAAAUUGUUCAUCAAGGCGACCCAGGAACGAGUGCCGUUCCUGACGUUUGGAACGGGUCUUACAUCCAAACUCCAGCCACACGUGAUGUUUUCAUGGUCAACAAGUUCAGCUCCACAGUCAUCCGAUUCGUAAGCAAGAAUCCAGGCAUCUGGCUUUUCCAUUGCCACAUCGAAUGGCACAUUGAAGCCGGUCUAGUGAUGCAACUUGUGGAAGAUCCAAUUCAAAUCCAAGCUCUGAACCUGACAGUUCCACAAAAUAUGUACAACGCUUGCCAAUCGCAAGGCAUCCCCAUUACUGGAAAUGCUGGCGGAAACAGUGUCAACUGGUUCGACUUGUCAAAGGCGCCGAGUAAGCCUGCUGCGAGUCCAUGGGGUGCGUACGUUGGUAUUCCACCAGCGCUGAAGGUACCAUACUCGCCUCUUGUCUAAACGGCUCGAGUGAAGCAGCGGAGAAAUGUUCGGGGUGUUUUGUAUUUACCUAUUGCGAGUAUCGAAACGAUUUGACGGCUGUGUCGAUUGAUGACUAGAUGAGAUCGAUUGCUUUUGUGUUGC